UCUCACUCCACUACUGAAACCAGUGGUUGAUAGGAAUGCCCAGUUAGUUUUUCUCAACCUGCUAAGUAUUCGUUCAAGCAGCGAUAGUCGCGAUGGCUGCCUCGCUCCCUAUCGAAUCGUCGCCGCGUCGUCAGGAGUCGCAGAAGCGACGUGCGAAUCCGUACAUCGUCGCAGGCGCGUUGCUGGUCGUAGUAUUCCUGGGCGUGCAGUACAACUCGUCGCGAUCGUGCGACGCGGAGCUGCAGCUUCAGCGACAAGCCCCCGACGACUCCCCCGGCCGACUUUCCGCCGCGGCGUUAAAUCAUCCCUACUAUAUUAAAGCGCAAAACGCGCUCGAUUUGGAGCUAUGCCGCGCGGAAGAGGCGUACGCGGCGAAUAAGGCGCGUCGCGAGGCGUCGUUACAGAAUCUACUGCAGCCGGCCGUGCUGUCCGUGCCUGACAUGCUGACGAAAGUCAUCGCUCCCAUGUACCCCUGCGCACGGGAACAACGGCUGGGCGUGUGGGGAGAAGGCGGUAAGUGGGUGUGCAUGCUACCAACGGCAUUUCAAAGCAGACCUGUUGUGUACAGCGUGGGUAGCAAGGAGAGCUUCUCGUUUGAAGAAGACAUCGCCAAAGCCACGGGAGCCACCCCUCUCACCUUCGACCCCUUCAUCUCCCAAGACGCGCAGCAGCGCAUGCUCGCCCUGCCCUUCCUCCGAUACUUCCCCGAGGGGCUCUCGGGCAGAGCGAAACUUUUCAAGAACAGGAAGAUGUUUUCGAACUACACCUUUUUUACCCUGCCCAAGCUCAUGUCCACACAUCACACCACCUACAUCGAUGUGCUCAAGAUUGACUGCGAGGGGUGUGAGAUAGAGGUGAUAAGGGACCUGGAGCAAGCCAUGGGGGGAGAUCCCAUGGCCGGGCUAGUGCGGUUUGGAGGGAGGCUCCCCUUCGGACAGCUGCUGGUGGAAUUCCACAAAAUCCACAUUCCCAAGGUCACUCUCCCUCUUAUUUAUGCGAUUGAGAAUCUCGGGUACCGUAUCUUCCACAUGGAGAUGAACCCUCUCUGCUCGAAAUGCAUGGAGGUUAGCUUUAUACACGAGAGCCUGGUGCAACCUUCUAAGGAGGACGCCUGCUUCGUAAAUGACAGCAGUGGGGUUGGUACCGGCAGCAGCAGCAGCAGCAGUGGCAGUGGUGGCAGUGGCGACAGCGACAGCAGCGACAAGAGUGACAGUGAUGAUGGCAAGGGUGGCAAUGAACAGCUUGAUAAGCAAGAGCAGCAGAAGCAGCAGCAGCAGGAGAACGAAAAGGAGAGUGUGGGAGAGGAACAGUCGCAUCAAGAGCAACAGUAAGCAGCCAGAAAUGCAGGGAAUGCAGCAGCAGCAGCAGCAGCAGCAGCUGGUGGAGGGGCAGGUGAAGGAGAAGGACAUUGUGUGAUAGCAACAGUUGCUACAAGAAGGGUGUGAGGAAAAAGGGUUGAAACACUAGCAUCCAGUCGCAGUUUUAGGAGGAUAUCUUUCAGAGUCAUGAGAUUAGGUUUGGGUGAUCCGUUCUGAGACAACCAGAGGAUCAUGAUACCAUCUUUCAUCAUCAGCAUGCACCUUGGUUUUGUUACAUGUGAGUAGUUUUGCCAUGUGUUUUGUACACCUGUACUUGUGGUUCCUAUAUGGAUCAGACUGAUGGCGGAUCAGACUAAUAUGUUACUCAACUGAAC